AAUCUUUCCGAAAGAAAGAAGAAGUCUCUACUCGAGAGAAAACAGGCCGAAGAAGAGGCCGAUGAGAUCCGUAAGUCUUACCAGGAAGAAAUGGACCAACUCCGGCAGCUUCUGAAAAAGUCACGGGCCUCGUCCAACAACGUUGCUUCAGAGCAGUUUUCCCUUCUGCAGACCGAGCUGGAGUCCCAGUGGGAAGCCAAAUGCGAGCGUCUGCUGAGCUCAGCCAAGGAGCAACACGCCCGCCAGUUCCAGGAAGUGUGUGAGCAACGGGAUGCCCAGCAGCAGAUGGUCUCCCAACUGGAAGAGAAGAUUUCUCUGCUCAAGGCCAGCAGGAGCUCAGAGGAUCAAAAAUCCGCACAGCUGCAGGAUCAAGUAGAGGAACUAGAGGCAGUUAAAGGCAAGUGUGCGGACUUGCAGUCCCAGCUGGCAGAUCUCACUGCCCAUUAUGAAGACCGGAUCCAAGAGCUGAGGAGUAGGACCCCACCGACAGCUUCAGCUGAAGAGGUGAAAAAGAUCAUGAACGGGGUCUUCCACUCCCUCCGAGGCCAAUUUGAGUUGGAGGAGUCCUACACUGGAAGGAUCGUUCUCGGGGUGGUCAUGAGCACCAUCAAG